AGGCCAACCCUUUGAGGUUCAUGGCAUUGUUACAAAUACUGUAGCGCUUUCAUUUGGCUCAUCUCUAUUGAACUUGUUUUAAAACAAUAUUGAACGAAAUUGAUAUGAUCAGUAUGAAGGUGUAUAACUAGACUGUAGUUUAGAAUUUAUUACUAGUUCAAGUAUGGUCACUUAUGUUAUUCUCGGAUUUUUCUUCGUAUGUUUUCUCCAGGUUUCAUUAAUACUCGGGUGCAAAUGACUAUAUGCUUGACGAAAUGGAGAGAGCUUUGCAUGAUUCCUUGUGCAUUACCAAGAGGACCCUGGAAUCCAAUACUGUGGUUGCAGGUGGAGGUGCAGUUGAGGCUGCCUUAUCUGUCUAUUUGGAGUAUCUUGCCACAACAUUAGGAUCUCGGGAGCAGCUGGCAAUUGCAGAAUUUGCUGAAUCUUUGUUAAUCAUACCAAAGAUUCUAGCUGUCAAUGCUGCAAAGGAUGCAACUGAAUUAGUUGCUAAACUACGUGUUUAUCACCACACUGCACAAACGAAGCCAGAUAAAAAGCAUCUGUCUAGGUAUUUGGAUUCUCUUCUUUUGUACAUCCCAUGUCCAGUUCUAUUUGCUUUACUUGGGAGAAGCUUUGGAAUCCACUCUGACACUCUGUUUAUUUCGGUGGAAAACAUUUUCUGGAAAAUAUUUUUCGCAUUUUUGGUGUUUUUUUUUGGCAAGAGCAUUUUUGGUGUUAGUGCGACAGAAAACGAAAGUCAAUGAAAAAUGCUUUAUGUGGUCCAUGGAAAUCAAGCCUGCUCAGGUGGAAAACGUUUUAUGGACUAAAGUGUUACCAAUGCCACCACACUACCACUGCUACCAUCACCGUUGUCGCCACCCCGCCACCUCCACCUCCACCUCACCACAACCUCUGCCCCUCUCUGCCAUGACCCACUGCUAAUACAACCAUUAGUACAUUCGUUUCAAGGACACAUUCAAGCAUAUAAAUAUGUUUUCCAUCGAAUCAAACGGGGCAUGAACCUGAUAGAAAAUUUACCAUGGUUGAAGGUGUCAUGCCCUUUCCCAUACCGUACUAGCGUCUAUUUACCUAGUGUCAGGGUCUAUGUAGGCAUACAGUGAUUCUUGUCAUUUACUAUUGGGUGGAUGCUACUCUUGCUUCAUGAUGUGUUUGUUUGCAAUGUUGUGCCACGUGACCAAUUUAAUUCACUGAUCUAUGUAGGAUUGGAUACUAAAAAAGAAAAAUCUCGAGGAAGACCAAUACUUGUAUAAACAUAAAUGAAUAAAAAUGGCUGCGAAAUCUUCAUUGUUCCUGAGCAUCAAAGUUCUCUCACCUUUUUUGCGUCUCUAUUCUAAGUACUUUUGGUUGGCUUCUUUUACUAAAUAAUAAAAAAAAUUAAAAGCACAGCAUGGGAGUAGAUCUUUUGAAGGGAACUGUCCGUAACAAUCUAGAAGCUGGAGUCAUUGAGCCUGCAAUGAGCAAAGUGAAGAUAAAAAAGUUAUUUGUUUAUGCAUAUCCAUGUUUGGAGGACAGUAGACAUUGUUACCUGAAUUCUGAUGAAAAUUUUCUUUCAAAAUAGCUUGGUCAAAGUUGUUUCCAGAAUGUCUUUUGUUUUCCAGUUUGCGACUGAAGCCGCUAUAACAAUUCUCCGAAUUGAUGACAUGAUCAAGCUUCUCAAAGACGAAAGUCAAAAUGGCGAGGAUUAGGUUCUGCCUAUAUUGAGACUCUGUUGUUCUAGUCCCUGGUUGAACCACGGUUGUUUGAUGACGAGUGGGAGUUGCAAUGCAAUGAAUUUUGUUAAUAUGUAUUGACGUGGUUUUCCUCGUUCGUUGAUGGAUAAUCCUUUUUUUCUUUUUUGCUUUUUAAAGGAAAAUGUUUUGUCUAGUUUUGUUUGGUUUAGAGUGUUCUCUUUUCUUUAGAUUUUUAGUUGGGGAUAACAUGAAGACUUGAUAUACUAUAAUUGUCCAAAAAUGUUUAUGAUGUUCUGCACUUGUGAUUACAAUGGAAAAUGGGAAGAAAAUCUCACCUUCUAUCAUUGCAAUAAACAAUUACAAUUUUAUUUAUUUUUUGGAGCUUAUUGUAAAUACAUAGUGAGUGUAAUACAUG